UUCACGUCUCAAGUCUUCUCACCAAACUCUCUCCCUCUUCUCCUUCCAAACCCCCCCCCCCUUUGCUUUUCCGUUUCCAAACGAUGGAGAACCCUUCUUCCACCGAUGCCUCACGAUCAUCCGUUGACGCGAUCCGACCCGAUCCAUCACCUCCUCCUCCUCCUCCCCCUCCACGUACUCCUUCCUCUUCAGUCUCCAAGAAAGAAUGCGCGAUUUGCUUGGAUGAGAUGAAGAAAGGAGACGGGAAGGCGAUAUUUACAGCAGAGUGCUCUCACUCAUUCCAUUUCGAUUGCAUCACCACCAACGUCAAACACGGAAACAGAAUCUGCCCUCUCUGUAGAACUCACUGGAAACAACUCCCUUUGUUUCUUGAUAACCCUAUCCCCCCACCUCCACCUCCUCCUUUCCCUACCUUUCCUCCCUUUCUUGAUAACCCUAUCCCCUUUGCACCCCCACCUCAUCCUUUCCCUACCUUUUCUGUCCCUACCUUUCCUACUACUCAAAUGGGUUUUGAAGAUGAUGAGCUUUUACCACCUCAAGGAGACACCCAAAUCCAGCAGCAGCAUUCCGGUCCACCUCUCGAGGUUAAACUUCUCCCACAAGUCUCUUCCGUGGCGAAACGGGUCACUCUUGAUGACUUUGCUGUUCUAGUUCAUCUCAAAGCGGGUGUUGUGAGCGACGAUGAGACGCCUUCUCGUGCUCCGUUGGAUCUCGUUGCGGUUCUUGACGUGAGUAGCAGCAUGGAAGGAUCCAAAAUGGAGCUUUUGAAAAACGCGGUCACCUUUGUGAUUCAGAAUCUCGGCGACACGGAUAGGCUCUCUGUGGUUACCUUCUCCUCCACGGCUCACCGUGUUUUCCCUCUUAGGCUGAUGUCUGAGACAGGGAAGCAAUUCGCGAUCCAGGCUGUUAACUCCUUGUUCGCUGACGGCUGUACUAAUAUCGCGGAAGGGCUGAAGGUUGGUGCUAGAGUGAUCGCGGACAGGAGAUGUAGAAACCCUGUUCCGGUUAUGAUGCUUUUGUCUGAUGGGCAAGACAACUUUACCUUUUCACAUUUUGAGGGUCAUCGUCAUAGAACUGAUUACGAGUGUUUGCUUCCGAGUUCUAGUACCCGGAUUCCUAUACAUACCUUUGGGUUUGGCUCUGAUCAUGAUGCUGAGCUGAUGCAUACGAUCUCGCAAGUCUCUAGUGGUACAUUUUCGUUUAUUGAAACGGAGACUGUGAUUCGUGACGCUUUUGCGCAGUGCAUUGGAGGGCUUCUCAGCACUGUGGUUCUUGAUCAAGUCGUUGAGAUUGAAUGCAUUCAUGAGGAAGGUCUUAAGAUAUCCUCGGUAAAAGCAGGGAGCUACAGAAACAACGUCUCAUCUGAUGGAAGAAGCGCCACGAUCAAUGUCGGUGACAUGUACGCAGAAGAAGAGAGAGACUUCCUCGUGGUUCUUGAGAUUCCAACCUGCGAGGAUGAAACAAUGUCGCUGGUCAAGGUCAGAUGUGUUUACAAAGAUCCUAUUAGUAGAGAGAUAAUCCGUGUGGAAUCAGGAGAACUAAUCAUUCAAAGGCCAGAGGAGCUGACGGGAGAAGAAGUGGUGUCAAUAGAGGUUGACAGACAAAGAAACAGGUUCCUUGUUUCGCAAGCUAUUUCGGAGGCUAAGGUUUUAGCCGAUGGAGGUGACGUGAGGGCAGCAGCUGAGCUUCUCAGGAAGAGUGAGAGAGACUUGUCAGAGACGAUUUCAGCUCGGUCUGGUGAUAGUCUAUGUGCGUCUUUGACCAUGGAGCUGAAGGCGUUGCAAGAAAAGAUGGCGAGCAGGAGUAGGUACCAAACAUCAGGUAGAGCAUACGCGUUGUCGAGCAUGAGUGCUAAUUUGGCUCAGAGAGCAACGUCUCGUUACUCGCCAACAUGCACAACAUACUCGGCAGGACCCGCUGGAUAUAGCAUGCCACAGGCGUAUCAGACUUCUGCAAUGGCUCGUAUGGUGACUAGGUCUCAGCAACUUGGGAUUCAAAGCCCAAAAACGUCCCCUGCUCCAAGAGACCAGACCUGAAUUUGACAGAAAGGCUUGAUAUGAUAAUGGAUGGGGUUUGGUGAUUGCUUGCUUGCUUGAUUUGUGUUGUUUGAAUACUAUUAAAAAGGUGAUUGAGUUGGUUCAAUCGGAUCCAUGAACUUUGUUACUUUUAUUUUGUGUUUUGUUUCCAUUAUCACCAAUUUAUAUUUACUUCAUAAUAAAAUAAUGGAUGGAGUUUGGUGAUUGCUUGCUUGAUUUGUGUUGUUUGAAUACUAUUAAGAAGGUGACUGAGUUGGUUCAAUCCGAU